UGCAUUCUAAUCUAACCUUAAAAUAUCAUCUGAGGUACAAUUCAAAAUAAACUUGAUUUAUUUCCAAAGAAACAAUUCAGACCUCAUUCAUAAUGAGUACGAUAAAAUUAGGAUCUCUUUUGAAUUCAAUUCACAAGAUUCAAAUCAGAUGUCUACAUGUUACCCCUACAUUAGCUGCCAAAGGAAAGUUUCAUGAACCCAAACAUUGGUUAGAAUAUAAUAAAGUUGUCUAUCCUCCACAAACUCCAGAUGAGGAAAGGAGACCUGCUUUCGUUUGUCAUCAAAGAACAAAUAUAAAAUACAGCCCAAAAAAGAUGUGGUAUAUAGCUUGCCUAGUGAGAGGAAUGAGCGUUGAUAAAGCUGUUGAGCAACUCAAGUUUUUAUCUCAAAAAGGUGCUAAAGAUGUUCGUGAAGUAAUAGAAGAAGCCAAGGAAUUAGCUGUGAAAGAACAUAAUGUUGAAUUUCCUUCCAAUUUAUGGGUUGCAGAAUCGUUUGUUGGUAAAGGAAUAGUUAUAAAAGGAAUGAGAAGACACGCUAGACAGAGGGCAGGAGAAGUUCGUUACAUGCAUUGUCAUUAUUUUAUAAGAUUGGAGGAAGGUGAACCUCCUAAGGAGUACUACCAAACUAUGGAAAGAAAACCUCAUGAAAUGUUGGAAGAUUGGGUAGAAGAAAUGAGGAGUAGGAAGAUAAAUGGCUCAUUAUAAAAUUGUAUAAAAUAAAAAUAAAGGAUA